GUUUCAGAUCACGUGCCCUUCUUUGUGUGUUCGUCCUGAUUGAUUUCACCUGUUCCCACAUGCUUAAAUCGUCACUUCAUCAGCACGAACGGUUCUCAUUGGAGAAUUACUUUGGAACUCAACGAGGAGUUGCGGAACGAGAGUGGAAAACGAGUCGGCUGUGGUUGCCAUGGUGAGUGACAGCACGGCGUCACUUCAGACGCCUUUGUUGCCAUGGUGACUGAAAAAAAGACCACUGUCGUGACGUCACAGACGUGAGACGCAUACACCGAAGUUAUUUGUACUGCAGUGUUUGUGUGCGACAAUGGCGACGUCAAAAAGAACAUCUCUACCGGAAAUGACGUCAAGGGUCAGCAGGAAGAGAAGCAGGAAGUGUCUCCAAAGCCCAGAUAAAUCAUAUCGGACUUUAUCCAAAGAAGAAAUUGCAAAGUUCAUCAACAGCCAGAAGCAGAACAUCUGCGUUGGUCUUCUUCAACAUGGCUUCCACAGGUCCUUCUCAGAGCUUUUCCUGCUAAUUCACUUGGAUCAAGAGCGCAGAGAGGCAGCCGAGGUCAACUCAGCAGUCAGUCUUCAGACUCCGCUAGAGGAGCAACGAGAAAAAAUGGAGAGCAUCAGUCGGUACUUGAGCCGGUCCGAGCAGGCCCAACGGGAAGGUCGGUGGCCGCUGGCGUACGAGCAGCGUCUGGUUUUGGGUGGUUACUUCACGGAUGAGGAGGACUUGUGGCUGAGUUUGCACUUCUACCUCACCUGUACGGACGCACGUGAAGAAGGCUGCAUGGGACACACCACCGAGGCCCGCGCCUGCUUGGCCGAGCUCCACCUGAAGCAAGGUCGGCUGGACAAGGCCAGGCAGCAGGCCGAGCUCUGCGUGCGGCUGGCCGACGGAGGCGGUUGGUCGGACUCGUCCGGUCGUUCCUUGCGGCGCCGCGCCCGCGAGAGCCUGUGGUCCAUUUACAGCCGCCAGGCGGACGCUUGUGUCAAGGCGGGAGAUCUUAACAAGGCUCUGAGGCUUCUCCACAGCGGCUACACCACAGCCACGGAGUCUGAAAACAAACACAUAGAAGGGGAAGCCGCCUAUCAGCUUGGACUCGCCUAUUACAGCGUCGGCGACUACGACACCUCCGAACAGUACCUCAACACGUCCAUGCAGAUCUGCAGCACAACACAGGACAUAGACGGGCUGGGUAAGGCCUACAAGGCCAUGGCCAAGCUGUGUGAAAGCAAAGGCAACUUAAACAACACAAUCCAGCUUCUGGAGACGUUAGUUGACAUCUCCCGUAGCAACAGCCUGCAUCACCACCUGGUGGACGCCUGUCUUUGUCUGGGCAACGUCUACACUAACAGGAGGCAGUAUGACCGCGCGCGUGAGCGCUUGCUGCAAGGUUACAACGUCGCUUGUGACAUCGGAGACAAGACUCUCGUGCACAAGGCCCAGGUGUCUCUGGCCAGCGCGCACACUCGCUGCAUCAUGAGGAAGUACAGCACUGACGUGGAGUCGGACGCGCCCCGCGCUCUGUCACGCCUGCUGGACUGGAAAGUGACAAGAGGACGUCACGACGCCACUGAAAACAAUGUUGUCAGCGACUAUUAGGCCACACUUACAAUACACGUUUAUUCACCGCCAGCAGGGAAUCUUCCUUCUUGACAACAUCUGGACAACAUGAAAUAUACAUUUUAAAACAUCUUUGUUCUUUGUAUUGCAAUUCAAAAAUGUAAUUUACAUUCAUUAAUAGAUACAUACACACAUACAUAGGUACAUAUUCCACCACAUACAGAAACACAGUACCGUAUUUUUCGGAGUAUAAAUCGCUCCGGAGUAUAAGUCGCACUGGCCGAAAAUGCAUAAUAAAGAAGAAAAAAAACAUAAGUCGCAUUUUUUGGGGGAAUUUAUUACAUAAAACCCAACACCAAGAAUAGACUUUGAAAGGCAAUUUAAAAUAAAUAAAGAAUAGUGAUCAACAGGCUGAAUAAGUGUACGUUAUAUGACGCAUAAAUAACCAACUGAGAACGUGCCUGGUAUGUUAACGUAACAUAUUAUGGUAAGAGUCAUUCAAAUAACUAUAACAUAUAGAACAUGCUAUACGUUUACCAAACAAUCUGUCACUCCUAAUCACUAAAUCCCAUGAAAUCUUAUACGUCUAGUCUCUUACGUGAAUGAGCUAAAUAAUAUUGUUUGAUAUUUUACGGUAAUGUGUAAAUAAUUUCACACAUAAGUCGCUCCUGAGUAUAAGUCGCACCCCCGGCCAAACUAUGAAAAAAACUGCGACUGAUAGUCCGAAAAAUACGGUAAUCACGUUUCAUCAAGCAAACUGGGGGUAACUGGGUAAAACAGUUAACCUAUUUUACGAUAACAAUCCAUCCAUCCAUUUUUUUACCGCUUGUCCCUUUCUGGGGGGUGCUGGGUGCUAUCUACAAGGUUAAUAUAGUUCACUUCUCUUUCUUCCCCUCUAUUUAUCUUUUUUAUUUUGUUUCAAGUUAUCAUUACAUAUAUGUAUUGUUACAUUGGAAACAAUUUUAUUGUUGAUAAUAGAGGUAAUUAUUGUUAUUCAUUAUCAAUAGUGCUAUUUCUAUUGGUAUUUUUUAUUGCUCCAUUUGUAGUGUAAUACAUUGUAAUUGUCAUUUCUGUAUUAAUAUUUAUUUCACUAACUGCCAUUAUUUUUAUUAUCAUAUUUCUACUGACAUAUACAAUGUUAUGUAUAUAUCAGAGGUGUCCAAAAAUUUUCCAGCGAGGGCCACAUAGAGAACAAUUGAAGGAUGCGAGGGCCACUUUUAUACAUUUUGCAUAUGAAAAAUACUCAAACCAAAACAAUGUAGG